UACUCAUAGAAAGCAAAAGUACGAAAAUACUUGGGAUACCCUGUAUGUUUGAGGUAGGCAUUUGAUCUUAGAAGAUAGCGGUUGUUUCUGUUGUUGAUCGAUGUGACCUGAUGGAGACGUUAACGAGACAAGUUACCAUGGUUUCUCUCUUUCUACUGGUCUGCUUCGUCUCCAUCUUUGUCAGUGAUGCAGCAGAAACCAGUACAUCAUGCCCUGAAGUAGGCUGCUUUGGACGGCCAGUCAACAUCACCUGUGACAUAACUGGCCAAUACGAGUCUAUCGGGUUUUCGCGGCGAGAUAAUAUUGAAGUAGUAACAUGCCUGAAGAAUAAAGAUGAAUGCUAUGUUAAUACUCAAGGUUAUGAGGUGGUGUUUCGCUCAGAUGACAAACAUAUUAUGCGCAUAAAGAGUCUGAAUAAGACAGAUGUUGGAACGUGGAAUUGUCGUGAUGAAACAAACCCACUCUUGAAGACUUGUCGCAUCGAAGGAUAUGAUGUAAGACAGUCUCCAAAUACUGCACGUCCGCCGCCUGGCUCAGACUGCAUCAACAUCAAGGGAAAUUUCCGUCCGCAAACAUUAUGUACAUGUUUUCAAGAGGAUCCAAAUGUCAACAUUACCAUCAAGAUGGCCGAGAACAGCUACAAUUUCACAUAUGACCAGUACAAACAAGAUGAUAAGGUAGACCUUGUUGUCGUCCCGACAGGUGGAGAACUGGAAUGCCGUGUCACCGGGCCAGCCGCCCAGUGUUACUCCAAGCCGAACAGGACCACAAUAUGUACCAGUAAGUGGCUAAGUGUAGACACUAGGGCUACGUUCACCCUGAUGUUUACCCCUGAUGUUUACCCUGACGUUCACCCUGACGUUUACCGAAAUAUUCAGACGUUCACCCUGACGUUCACCCAGACGUUCACCCUGAUGUUUACCCUGACGUUCACCCAGACGUUUACCCUGACGUUUACCCAGACGUUCACCCUGAUGUUCACCCAGACGUUCAACCUGAUGUUUACCCUGAUGUUUACCCUGACGUUCACCCUGACGUUCACCCAGACGUUUACCCUGACGUUUACCCUGAUGUUUACCCUGACGUUCACCCUGACGUUCACCCAGACGUUCACCCUGACGUUCACCCAGACGUUCACCCUGACGUUUACCCUGACGUUCACCCAGACGUUUACCCUGACGUUUACCCAGACGUUCACCCUGACGUUUACCCAGACGUUCACCCUGAUGUUUACCCUGAUGUUUACCCUGACGUUCACCCUGACGUUCACCCUGACGUUCCCCUGA